AUGAGGUGGUUUCUGUGCCUGCUGGUAGCAGCCUUCUACCUGAUGCACCUGGAUGCACAGUCCGCUCUGAGCAGGAGUGAGAUCCAGCGUGUUGUUGCCUUGGCAAAGGAGAAAGUGGAUGCAGACUAUAGUUAUUCCCGGAGAGUGUCCCUGGACCGUGUUCGCCGGAACACAGCAAAACCAGCGGAUAUCUUACGUCUGCUGAAACAGCCAGCAGGUCGAGCACGUAUAGCCGUGCGUGCAGCUGACUAUUUUGAACAGGCGGUAAAGAUGAUGCAGGGUAACGCUGGAAGACGCCGGAGGAGGUCGAUAAAUGCAACUGACGAAAUCACUGAAGACCAACUGAAGGUGAUCUCUGAGCUGACUGGCUGUGCUGCACGCUCUCGCCCCCCCCAGUGCAUGAAACAAUUAGACAUGUUCCGCACGGCAGACAACUCCUGCAACAACAGGGAAAACCCACGAUGGGGAUCCUCCAACACACCUUUCGCACGCUGGUUACCUUCAGAGUACCAGGACGGUGAAUCUUUUCCUAAAGGAUGGGACCCUGACAGGAAAGUCAACGGUUAUCUUCUUCCCAUGGUUAGAGAGGUGUCCAACCAGAUUUUGAAAACAAGAAACUCUGACGUGGUGGAUGAUCCACUCUACACUCACCUGUUGACCAUCUUUGGUCAGUGGACAGACCAUGACCUGACCUUUACUCCUCACUCUCCCGUCAUCCGCUCCUUCAGUAACGGCAUCGACUGUGAUAAGAGCUGUGAUCGCACUGAGCCCUGCUUCCCCAUUAUGUUUCCCUACGACGACCACCGCUCAGACUCAGAGAUGUGCAUCCCCUUCUUCCGUUCUGCAGCAGCCUGUGGUUCCGGAAACACCGGCCAUUUUUUUGGUGCAAGCACAAUCCGCCGGCAGAUAAACACUCUGACAUCUUUCAUCGAUGUAGGCCAGGUGUACGGUUCAGAUGAUACCAAGGCAAUGUACCUCAGAGACCUCUCCACAGAGGAGGGGCUGCUGAGGGUCAACACAGAAUACGACGACAAUGGCCGAGAGCUCCUGCCAUUCACCAACAUGGGUGCAAACAUGUGUGCCACUCGAGCCAAGAUCACCAAUGACAGCAAUGCAGAGGAGGUUCCAUGUUUUCUAGCUGGUGAUGAGCGUACAAAUGAGAACAUUGGUCUGACGUCUUUGCACACACUUUUGAUGCGUGAGCACAACCGCCUGGCUCGUGCUUUGGCCAAACUCAAUCCUCACUGGACGGGGGAGAGGCUCUAUCAGGAGGCACGCAAAAUUAUGGGGGCAUACUUCCAGAUUUUCACUUUCAGAGAUUACUUGGGCCUAAUCGUCGGUCCAAAUGUAACGGCUCACAAGCUGUCAGCAUACCCUGGUUACGAUGAGACUAUCGACCCUAGCAUCUCCAAUGUCUUUGCCACAGCUGCCUACAGAUUCGGUCAUACGAUGGUGCAGCCAUUCAUGUUCCGUCUGAAUGAGAAAUAUGAAGAGCAUCCUGAAUACCCAAGCCCACUGCUGCACAGAGCUUUCUUCACACCAUGGAGGGUCAUCUUUGAAGGUGGUUUGGACCCUAUCCUGAGAGGCCUGGUUGGUCGUCAGGCAAAGAUGAAUGAGCAGGAUGGGAUGAUGCACGAUGAACUGAGGGACCUGCUGUUUAAGUUCUCUAGUGAGCUGGCCCUCGACCUUGGUGCUCUCAACAUGCAGCGAGGAAGAGACCAUGGACUCCCAGGCUAUAACAAAUGGCGGGAGUUUUGUGGCCUGUCCCAGCCCAAAAAUUUAAAAGAGCUGGCUGACGUUAUGCAAAACAGAGAACUUGCCAGAAAGUUCCUGGAGCUUUAUGGCACAGCCGACAACAUUGAUGUGUGGCUGGGAGGAGCCGCUGAGCCGGUUGUGGAAAAGGGGAGAGUCGGACCACUGUUCGCCUGCCUGAUUGCCACCCAGUUCCAGAGGAUUCGCCAAGGAGACCGGUUCUGGUGGGAGAAUGAGAAAGUCUUCACUUAUGACCAAAAGAAGUCACUGAGGGAAGCAUCACUGGCCAGAAUAAUUUGUGACAACACUGGAAUCACUGAAGUGCCAGCACAUCCUUUCCUGUACCGCCCUCGAGGAGACGGCUACACCCAGUGUGAUGACAUACCUGCCCUUGACCUCGAUCCAUGGGAGGAGGAAAUGGGACAAAAAGGGCGUGGUCGCAGAGGACAAAGAGGGCCUCGAGGUCCUAAGGGUAUGGCAGGCCCGCCAGGCCCUCAAGGACCCCCCGGCCCAGCGGGACCACCAGGAAACACUCAUCACAUUGCUUUCUCUGUGCGACUUGGCAACGACCGCCCCCAGCCUGGAAAGCCGAUCGCUUUCCAUGACGUCAUUUACAACGAGCAGGACAGUUACGACAUCAAAACGGGGUACUUCACCUGCGCUGAGCCCGGUGUUUAUAUGUUCACGUUCUCCUGUACCAUCAGUCAGCUAGCAGCCAACGUGGAUCUGAUGCACAACGGAAAACUGCUCCUGCACUCAUACACCACCUAUGACAGGGGUUCCUCCACUGCCAGUGGCACCGUGUUUGUGCGUCUAAGUAAGGGAGACACAGUGUGCCUGACAGUCCAGCACGGUGCAAACGGUCUCACCAAAGACAGCAUCUUCUCAGGAACUUACCUCUUCGAUUAGAACUGGACCUUUCCAAAUACAGCUGUUGAACCCAUGAGAUCAUCAUAGUGCUGUUAUAAGCCUGUUGCUCCAGCUAUGUGCAACAUUUUACUCGUCCUGAAUUAGGCCGUACACACACCUGAUACAACCUCAUACGGAUUUUUGUUCGAAUCUACACCUCUUUAAUGCAGCAUUGAGUGAAAUAAAUCCAGUCUCAAUCACCAAUCUGGAUUGUGUAUAUAAGCAUCAGGCAAGUCUGAACAUUCAGGGUUAUUUUUUUUUUAAUCUUUGUCAGCCUUCUGCCUCUUCAGGCACUCUAAAUACUCCAAUAUGAAGUCUCAGGUUGAUUAUUGCUGUGAGUUUUGUGAAGCCAUCUUUGUAUAAAGCUAUGAAACUAAUGGGAAAGUUCCCCCUGAUUGAUGCCAGACAAAUAUCUUGCCUUUUUUGAAUGGAUUUUUCUAAAAUGUGCACAAUAUUCAAACCUAUGAUUGUAUUAAAGCUUUGUUUUAAAUGAAGGGGUGUCCAAACUUAACCUACUGUUGUAGUGUGAAAGAAGGGCAUAAUCUAAUAUACCUAACUACUGAAAACAAUGUGAAAUACAUAGGGAUUCCUGUUUAAAUCUGUGUAUCAUCAUUUUGAUUUUUAUAUUAAUAAUAUUUAUAUAUUUUCUAUUGAGUGAAUCACUUUUUGAAAUCAUCUUUUCUUCUUUUUUUUUCUGAAAACUAUGCACUACUGUAAAGCAGUUACAGCCUAACUACUAAAUGAAUGUAAUCUUGAAAUAAGCUGCAAUGAAGAGAGCUUUGAUUAUUAAAAUGUUGUUUUUAAAUCUUUG